AUGGGCCUUUUCUCUCUUUGCCUCAACUCCUCCUUAACGCUGGUACUCUGUCAGGCUCAUCUGCUUUACUGCUUUACUGCUUUACUUGCCAAUAAACACCUCUACUCCACUAAACAUUCUAAUUGGAAUGCUUUGCGUCCACUUCAGGACUCGCGUUGGAAGCAUUCUCAAAUAUUCUCCUGCACUUCGGAGGCCUCCCCUUUCCCCGACACCCUUGACGCCCUCAUAGAUCGGCCUCGUUCUCGCUCUCUUGCUGUAGGCCGCGGCUCGGCCGGACCAAAUUUCCUCUUUCUACAGCCGCCACAUUUAACACAGCCUCUCCAAACGGCUGGUUCACCAAACACCACCAACCUGACGACCAGUGGUUUUGCCAGCGAGUCGGGACUCGGCGCACUCAAUUCUGGCUCGUCGGAUGAGGCGAUUACGUUGGAGCAGAUUCAGGGGCUCGAACAGACACAAAAGCGCCUUGCUCCUGAGCAUUCCGGUCCUACGGAGGUCGCAGCAUCUGGUGAGCACGUGUGCUUAUCUUUAUUUGCCUAA